UGAGUAUAACUAUAAGCAACGAUUCAUUACAUUACAAACUCUGAAGUAGGAAGAGAUUUUAUUGAAGACAAAAUAAUAUAAAAUAUUAUUGAAAGUAUAGUCUUCAAAGCCUCAGUUAAAAAUGGACUUCCUGGAAUAUCCUGAUGUUAUUGCGGAGGUUAAGGGUGCAAUGACACCUGGAAGGUUAAAAUUAACUGAUCAACAUAUCAUAUUUAAAAAUCAGAAAACUGGUAAAGUUGAACAGAUAUCUGCUAGUGAUAUGGAAAUGGUAAAUUACCAAAAAUUUAUAGGAACUUGGGGUUUACGUAUAUUUUUGAAGAAUGGAACACUGCAUAGAUUUAGAGGAUUUAAAGAAGGGGACCAAGAGAAAAUAGCAAAAUUUUUCUCAGUAAAUUAUAAAAAAGAUAUGCUAGAAAAGGAGCUUAGUUUGAAAGGUUGGAAUUGGGGUACAGCUAAAUUCAAUGGAUCUGUUUUAAGUUUUGAUGUUGGAAAUCAUACAGCAUUUGAAAUUCCAUUGUAUGAUGUUUCACAGUGUAAUACAGGGAAAAAUGAAGUAACACUGGAAUUUCAUCAAAACGAUGAUGCUCCUGUUAGUUUAAUGGAAAUGAGGUUUCAUAUCCCUAUUAGUGAUAGUGCAGAUCAGGAUCCCGUAGAAGCAUUUCAUCAACAAGUUAUGGAAAAAGCUUCUGUUAUUAGUGUCAGUGGUGAUGCCAUUGCUAUCUUUAGAGAAAUCCAGUGUCUUACACCACGUGGUCGUUAUGACAUAAAAAUAUUUCAAUCGUUUUUUCAACUUCAUGGUAAAACCUUCGAUUAUAAGAUACCAAUGUCUACAGUUCUUAGAUUAUUCUUACUACCUCAUAAGGAUAACAGACAAAUGUAUUUUGUGGUCAGUUUAGAUCCACCUAUUAAGCAAGGUCAAACUAGAUAUCAUUAUCUGGUUCUAUUGUUUAAUCAAGAAGAAGAAACUUCUAUUGAAUUACCAUUUUCUGAGAAGGAACUGAAAGAAAAAUAUGAAGAAAAGUUGACAAAAGAAUUAUCUGGACCCACAUAUGAGGUUCUUGGAAAAGUAAUGAAAGUUAUUAUCAAUAGAAAAUUAACUGGACCUGGUCAUUUUCUUGGUCAUUCUGGAACCCCUGCAAUAGGAUGUUCAUUUAAAGCAGCUGCAGGAUAUUUAUAUCCUCUAGAAAGAGGCUUUAUUUAUGUUCAUAAACCACCUAUACAUAUACGCUUUGAAGAAAUAACAUCAGUUAAUUUCGCACGUGGUGGUGGUUCCACACGUUCGUUUGAUUUUGAAAUUGAAUUAAAUACUGGUGUAGUUCAUACAUUUAGCAGUAUAGAAAAAGAAGAAUAUGGUAAACUUUUCGAUUUUAUCACUUCAAAGAAAUUGAGGGUAAAGAACAGAGGCAAGAGUGACAAAUUGAAUUAUGAUAACGACUUUGGGGAUAGCGAUCAAGAAGAUGAACCCGAUGCAUACUUGGCUAGAGUUAAAGCUGAAGCACAAGAGAGAGAUGGCGAUGAAAAUCAAGAUUCUGAAGAAGAAUCUACAGAUGAAGACUUUAAUCCUAAUCAGGAUGAAAGUGAUGUAGCUGAAGAAUAUGAUAGUGAUCCUAAUAGUUCUGAAAGCGAGGAAGAUUCAGAUGGAUCAAGUAGUAGUCAAAAGAAAGAAAAAAAAGACAAAAAAGAAAAGAAAUCCAAAUCUGCUAAAACAAUAUCUGAAAAGCCAAGAAAACCACGUAAAUCAAAGAAAAACAAGGAUAGUAACAAACCAAAACGGCCAGCAACAGCUUUUAUGUUAUGGUUGAAUAGCGCUCGUGAUCAAAUUAAAGCAGAAAAUCCCGGUAUUGCAGUUACAGAAAUAGCCAAAAAAGGUGGUGAAAUGUGGAGAGAAUUGAAAGAUAAAUCUGAAUGGGAACAAAAGGCAGCAAAAGCAAAAAAAGAAUAUUCAGCAGCAAUGAAAGAAUAUGAAGCAAGUGGUGGAAAAAGUAAAGAAAAGAAAGAGAAAGACAAAAAGAAAAAAGAAUCUAAAAAAGAUGUAUCACCUAGUAAACUUAUGUCUGGAUCUUCUUUUAAAAGUAAGGAGUAUAUCAGUGAAGAUGAAUCUAGUAGUGAAGGUGAAAGUUCAACGGAGAAGAAAUCUGAAAAGACGAAACAUUCGGAUAAUGAAAGUGAUAGUGAAAAAGAAUAAAAGAAAGUUGAGAAUAGAUAAAUAAUAAGAAUCUUAAUAAGAACAGAUAAACAUGAAAA